AUGAAGAGUAAUGUAUUUGUAGGGCUCAAACCUUCUUCAGGGUUCCAGGACUGUAAAGACAAAUCCCUCAAUAGUUAUGAUUAUGUUUUACUUCCAAUUACGAACUCAAGAUAUCGAGAUCAUGUGAAGAGGGUUUUCCAAGAGUAUCGAGAACAAACGCCUGGGGUAAGAAAAUUAUGGGUUCCAGAACCACAGCUGCAGGAAUUGGCAGUACCACCUUUUACUAAUGACAAAGAUACACCCGGCUAUAUCGGUCUUAUCUCUUCUUGGCUGGAAUUGGAGAGCGGAGACGCGUGUGUUCGAGAAUUGAGUUUCCAGGUCCUGGUCAAUGAGUGGGAAUAUGCCAGAUUUGUGGGGAUUAAACAGCUGAUUCUAGCACCUCCUCGAGACCUGAAUAACUUACAUCAAUAUGCCCAGAUGAUUGCAAAAGCGCUCUCGCGAGGAGACGAGCAUUCGCCUGUCCUAUCAAUAUCGCUUCCUCUAUUCGAAGAUACAGAUCCACUUUCAACAUGGGAGCUCUGGAGCACAAUUCGUAAGAUUUGUGACUACCAUCAAAAUCUCACCAUCUCUCUUGCCCUACCAAGAGAUAAAACACCUUCUUAUGUCUUAGAAAGGUGGUUGGCUGAGCCCGUUACAUGUCUCCUGGUAUCUUCAUCAAUUUUUGCAACGAACCAAUACAACUUUCCUGUGUUAAACAAGUUCAAUCAAUACAUUAUUCAUGAAUUUCAAAAAGUGAAUGGAAAUUCUCAACCAAAGCUUGGCGAACUAUGUAUUAUUCUACAUGGAGUAGAAAAAUAUGCCAAUGAAGUGAGAGGAGGAGAAUCUGCAUAUUUGGAGUAUAUCAAUUAUCUACUGAAAAGAGGGGACAAGGCAAUGGGCAUGGAGUACGCCAACGUAGCGGACUGUAUUCCCCGUAUUAUGCCGCCCCUAAGUCCUUUCGAAGAUAACUUGGCAAACGAAGCAUAUCAUACUUUUGAAAAGGACCAAACCAAAUACAACCUCUAUGAGCAAGCCAUAACACAAGCUCUCGAGGAACUCAUUAGAGAACAAAAGACAAUGUUAGUAAAGAAUAACAGACCAAUAGUGGUUUUGGUAGCAGGAGCAGGGCGAGGGCCACUCGUCGACAGGGCAUUACAGGCUCUCAAAGCGCUGAAUGUUCCUCAGUAUCAUAUUAUUGCUCUGGAGAAGAAUCCUGAGGCAUUUUUAUAUCUACAAAAGCGCAAAUAUGAAUACUGGAAUGAUGCUGUGGAUAUAGUUAGAGAGAAUAUGUGCUCUUGGAACAAACCAAUAAAGGUAGAUAUUUGCAUAAGUGAGCUGCUCGGUUCUUUUGGAUGCAAUGAAUUAUCUCCCGAAUGCUUGUGGAGUAUACAGAAAAAUCAUUCGAAACCUUCAACUAAAUUUAUUCCUCAGUCUUAUAGUUCAUACUUGGCUCCCGUUUCUGCACCACUACUUCAUCAGAAGCUUCACCAAAUGAAGGAACUUAACUCACAAGAAAAAUUGUGGGUUAUUCAUAACAUUCCCUAUUGUAUUUUAUCCACCAAAAUCAAUGAAAUUUGGGCAUUCAAUCAUCCGAGCACUCCAUUCUCGGAACCAUUCACCAAGUCAGUUGUCGCAGAGUUUAAAAUUAGAAAUAAAGGUGAAAUCCAUGGCUUAGUUGGGUAUUUCACGGCAAAGUUAUACGGUACUGUCACAUUAUCAAUUCUUCCUAACGAUCAUACCGUUAAGUUGUUUGCUCAACAAGAUGAUGAUAUUGCCCAAUUGUCCAUAGAUGAUGCAAGACCAUCUUCUGAAUUGUACAUAAAAAGCGAACACACGCCGAACAUGACAUCGUGGUCUCCAAUAUUUUUUCCUUUGAAGCAACCGUUUUUCAUAUCUGACGAUACGCAAUUAGAGGUUUUUGUCACUAGAAACCACAGCCAGGCCGAUUCAAAAGUCUGGUAUGAGUGGAGUGUAGGCUCUUUUGUGUAUUUGGUCGUACCUGACCGUCACAGUCAACAAGAGAAAUUACAGAUCAAAUCUCAGACACGCAAUGCAAGCAAAAUUGCAAGCAGUAGCUCAAGAUUUGCAUCUCCCCCCGCGAUCGGUAUCGAGAAGGCAUUUGGCCAGUUCCAGCCCUCUCCCAUCACUUUGAAAGCUACAGAUGAAUCACGGGUGGAGAACGAGAUACUUGAUACUACUGAGAUGGAAAGCGAUUUCGUAACUCAACAGCAGACUGGAUGGGAAAGUGUACAGGACAUUCAUGGACUAGGAAUUACAAAUACUCCCGUAUUUGAUCUCAAUGUCGAUAAUAAAACGAGAGAAUCGGAUGAAAACUCGACAAUCGAAGAGUUUCAUGUCAGAGUGAAGACAGGCCUAUCUGAGCUGCAUAAUGUAGGCGGCAAAUAUUCAUGCCUGUCCUUGGACUAUGAUCCUAAUUAA